ACCAGCGUGGGUGGGGGAGAGGAAACUUUGUCCCCUCCAUCUCCUCCCUCGGCGCCUUUCGGAGCCCGGCCCGCCCCACACCGUCUGCUCGAGGCUUUGCAGCGGGAAGGAGGAAACCAAGCAGCGGCAGCCCUGGCGAGGGCGGGUGGCAGUCAGGACGACAUGGGCAACACCGAGGAGGAUUAUAAUUUUGUCUUCAAGGUCGUCCUGAUUGGGGAGUCCGGGGUAGGCAAAACCAACCUGCUCUCCCGCUUCACCCGCAAUGAGUUCAACCACGACAGCCGCACCACCAUCGGCGUGGAGUUCUCCACCCGCACCAUCCUGGUGGGAGACGCCGUGGUGAAAGCUCAGAUCUGGGACACGGCUGGGCUGGAGCGGUACCGUGCCAUCACCUCUGCGUAUUACCGGGGGGCAGUGGGUGCCCUGGUCGUCUUUGACAUCACCAAGCACCAGACGUACAAUGUGGUGGACCGCUGGCUGAAGGAGCUCUACGACCAUGCUGAGGCCAGCAUCGUCGUCAUGCUGGUGGGGAACAAGACCGACCUCACGCAGGCUCGGGAGGUGCCCAUGGAGGAGGCAAAAAUGUUUGCAGACAACAAUGGGCUGCUGUUUGUUGAGACCUCGGCGCUGGACUCCACCAAUGUUGAGCAGGCAUUCGAGACCAUCCUGAAGGGUACUUGCACUGGUGCUGUGAUGCAGCGGGGUCCUGGGGACCGGAGCAUCGAGGGGUCCCUUACUGGGGACGCAGGGCUGGGCAGAGGAUGUACAGUGCGUCUCUCCUCUGCCCUGCUCCACGUGAGCUCUUUGGGGCUGGUUUCGGUGUCGUCUUUCUGGCUGGUUUGGUUUCCGGCCUUUUGUGCUGGGUGUUUCGCUCUCCGCACCCCAUGGCUUUGUUCUCAUGGCCCCCGGGCAUCCCCAAAGCCCGGGGGACUUCCGCCCCUGUAAUCCCUGGUCCCCUUUCCUGUUGUCCUGGGCUCCUGACUCAAUGUCUCCAGAACCCUGCUGAACUAGCCAUGGGGAUCUGGGGGGAUGGGGAUGGAGAGCGGUGAUGCUCAGCCAGGAGCACCUCUCCAGGAAUGGCAGCCAGCAGCAUCAGGGCAGGAGUGCAGCCAGGUGUGCCGUGCUGUGCCGUGCCAUGCCAUGCUGU